UGAGGCUUUUAUUUUGUUGUCCUUAAUUCUAUUGUGGAAACGAAUAAUAUAUAUUUUUGGAUUAUAAUUUUUUUUUUGCUUUCUUUUGCUUCUAUGCGAUAAAAUUUCAAUGUAUUGGCAAAUCGAGGAAUACAAGAAUCCAAAACUUUUAUUUUCAUUUCAAUUUAAAUCCUAGUGCUAAGCGAAAUGGCAGCAAUUCCAAAUUCAAAUGAUUUGCAUAUAGAAAAAAUGGAUAAAGAGGAACAACGAGCCCGUUUGAUUCGAGCUUUGGGUAAAUUUAAACCGCAAGAUGCCAAUCCAUUGCAAUUCUACAAUUGUGUUCGAGAAUUUUGCAUUAUGCACAAUUGUAGCAUUGAUGAGGGAAUGGAUAGGGCAAUUCAAACAUGGCCAACACUAUCAAUGAGACAGCGAGCUCUCUACAAUUCGCAACGCCACGCCGAGCUACCGAUUCCAGUGCCUCGUCAUCUUAUCUAUCGUGCAUUUCAAAUGGAACGCAAUGGCCGAUGGUCCUUGGGUCGUGCACCUGUGGGCAGUAAUGGUGGGCAAAUGUAUACGGUGGAAUCGUAUAAGCCGCCGCAGAAGAUAAGUAAAUUACGUGCUCAGUUGACGGCGCGAAAACCAAAAUAUGAUAAUUUAAGUGAAUCGAUGGAUAAAAGUGCUACCCAGAAGCAGAAAAAGAUCAUCAAGACGCCAGCUGGAGUACAAUCACAAUCGCUACCAGGAACAUCGAGAAGAGUGCGUACAUUAACUCCGCCCGAACUACGGGUUCCGGAAUCUAAACGCCAUUUGAGACGGGCUAAAUCGAUUAGUAACUUGUUGUCUGUAAAGUCAAAUGUUAAAUUGAUGAAAACUCCUCGUCGGAAUGGUUUGGCUGUUGGUGGUGAUGGUGGUGAUGGUGGCAGUGGGACAGGAGAUUGUCCAAAGAUAAAAAGAGUUAAAUCCAAUAAGAGGAAAACAACUAAAAGAAAAUCAACAUCGAACAAAAAGAACUCUCACAAAGACAAAAAGCAAUUGGGUAAAGACAAAAAGCAUCGAUCCGGUCGAAAUGCAAACGUAUUGAGUGGCAUUAGGCGACAUAUUACCAAAGGUGAAGUAACAAAAACUAAAUAAAUGUUUGUAAUAAUGUCCUAAA